GUCUGAUUCCUCUGUGUACCUGUUAAGUAAGUUCUCUGUACUGUCUGGUGCCAAUGACCUUGCCCUUGGGCCACGGGCUGCGUUCUAAUUAUAGUCACUGCCAGGUACUGUCAUCUACCAGUUUGAAGACUACUGGGUGUGGAGGUCCAGGCCCACCCAGCUCCUCUCCCGUGGCUCUACCUAGGGUACACAGGCUGCCCCAGCUCUGAGUGCUCACAAGGCUGCUUGCUGACUAAUUCUCUUUGCAAAGGGCUCGGUUUCACAUGUUUUUGCUUCCAGUAACCUUGUGGGUGGAUUUGUUUCACUAAAGGGGAAAACGAAACACAACAAAACAUGGAGGGGUUUUCUUUCCCAAGAAGGGGACUCGGUAAUUAGGGGUUCAGCACGUGCGGCUUGGGCAUCCUAGUGUGUUCUGCAGCCAGCAGGGCCUCUUGGCAGCCUGCUCCAGAGAGAAAUCGCUUAGUCAUAUAGAAGCGGACCCAGGUGUAGGAGAGCAGAGAGAUGGAGGGGCUGCUGGGGCACAAGAGGCCCUGCCCUGCUCAGGGAACCACAGCAGCUGGGUGCUGCUCCUUCUAGCUCAGCUCCGCCCUAAACUUGGCAGGAGGAGAGCUGGGCGAAGAGGAAGGUGGCAGGAAACACUGAGUGCUUCACAACCUUUGGAGAUCGGCUAGGAACCUUCCUUAGGGGUUGCUGCUGAGCCUGAUUAGAGCUGUUGGAGUCAGUGUCCCAAGAUUGAUGAGUUUGCCUUGGGAGUCAGGGAAAAGGUGAAAUCAAAGGCCAACAUGGGUCAGAAGGUCACGGGAGGCAUCAAGACUGUGGACAUGCGGGACGCCACCUACCGACCUCUCAAGCAGGAGCUCCAGGGCCUGGACUACUGCAAGCCCACCCGGCUGGACCUCCUGCUGGACAUGCCCCCCGUGCCCCACGACGUCCAGCUGCUCCACUCCUGGAACAAUAACGACCGUUCGCUCAAUGUCUUCGUGAAGGAAGAUGACAAGUUGACCUUUCACCGGCAUCCGGUGGCCCAGAGCACAGACGCUAUCAGGGCCAAAGUCGGGUACACACGUGGACUGCACGUGUGGCAGAUCACGUGGGCCAUGAGGCAGCGGGGCACGCAUGCCGUGGUGGGGGUAGCCACGGCGGAUGCCCCUUUGCACUCUGUUGGGUACACAACCCUCGUAGGGAAUAACUCUGAGUCCUGGGGCUGGGACCUGGGGCGUAACCGGCUCUACCAUGACGGCAAGAACCAGCCAAGUAGAACAUACCCAGCCUUUCUAGAGCCAGACGAGACAUUCAUCGUCCCUGACUCCUUCCUUGUGGCCCUGGACAUGGACGACGGGACUUUGAGUUUCAUUGUGGACGGACAGUACAUGGGAGUGGCUUUCCGGGGGCUCAAGGGCAAAAAGUUGUACCCCGUCGUGAGUGCCGUCUGGGGCCACUGUGAGAUCCGCAUGCGCUACUUGAACGGACUUGAUCCUGAGCCCCUGCCACUCAUGGACCUGUGCCGGCGUUCAGUGCGCCUAGCGCUCGGAAAGGAGCGCCUGGGUGCCAUCCCUGCUCUGCCGCUACCUGCCUCCCUCAAGGCCUACCUCCUCUACCAGUGACCCACGUCCCAGGACCGCCAUACGACAGCCACCUGGUGCCAACUCACUGAGCCGUCGGGGGUCCACCAACCCCUGUGUCUGGGAUGGAUGCCCACCCUCAGCCAUGGGCAGACGUGUCCUCUCAUCCUACCAGCUGCCUCCGCUGGGUGGACCGAUGCCAACGGACUUCUCCCUUCCCAGCACUGGCUGAAGCAACAACAUCCAGGCCCUUCCCUGAACCACCUGCAGAGAAUAAACUAUGAAAGCCUCUCUCAGGCGCCUGUCUCCUCUCAGGUGGAAUGGGUUGCUCCCCAGUUCCCUGCGGAGAGUCUACAGCCAGCUGGGGGUCCGGGAGGUGAGGCUAAUGGGAGAUGCCAGGGCUGAAGGGCAGAUUCCAAAAAGCAGGAAUGGCCGGACCAGGCCAUGCAGAUGAAGCUCAGGACAUCCCAUACCAUGGACGCUGAGACAAACCCCAGGUUGGGCCUCCCUUGGGCCAAUGAGCGCCAGCUUCCAUGCCAGCUGCCGGUGCUCCGUGCCCUGUAUUUAUUCUUUAAACAUUAACAAAAGGCCAUUUAUUUAUUCCACGUAGAAAGGAAACUUUCUUGGGCCACAUC